AUGCUUCCUUCCAUACCCGACAUUCUCUACGGCACGGCUUGGAAGGAUACGCGAACAACUACACUCGUCUUCACUGCCAUCACUGCCGGAUUUCGAGGCAUCGACACCGCUGGUCAGAGGAAACAUUACCGGGAAGAACUGGUCGGUCAAGCUCUUCAUCAGCUAGAAGAGGCCGGCGUGGCUCGACGAGAAGAGGUCUGGUUGCAGACAAAAUUCACCUCCAAAGACGGGCAAGAUCUUUCGGGUCCUGUCCCAUACGAUCCGCGCUGGCCAGUCCGGAAACAGAUCCGCCACAGCGCAUUUGCUUCCCUGCGCAAUCUUCACCAUCCUUCUGGUCUGCCGGACUUUGCCAAGUUCAAGCCCAUAGGUGCUAUCUCACCGGACGGCAAGACCAGACCUUGGCUCGAUAGUUAUCUCUUACACUCACCCUUGCGAAGCCUCGAAGAGACGCUGCAAGCGUGGCAAGAAAUGGAACUGCUUGUACAGGAGGGCUGGGUGAGACAUAUUGGCUUCAGCAAUGUGUACGAUUCGAGGAUAUGGAAUGCCCUAUUGCAAUCGAUCAACAUCCGACCCCUUGCAUUGCAGAAUCGCUGGCACAGCAGCUCGGGACACGACGUUUCCUUGCUCUCCACGCUUUCCCCCGUCCUAUCGCCCAACGACUCUGAAGGACGAGCGAUCCACUAUCAGCCUUUCUGGACACUGACUGGCAAUCCCGCACUCUUGCGGAGCGAACCUGUGGUUCGCGCAGCCAUCGCUCACGACUGGACACCUGCUCAGGUCGUCUACAAAUUCGUCAACCAAGGCAUGGGCAUACAAGGCUUGCGGUGCUGCGUUUUGACAGGAACAACAGACGAAAAACAUAUGCGGCAAGCUGUCCAGGUGGUCAACAACAGGCACGGCGAGGGUCAUCUGCUCACGGUCAGUGAGGUCAACGAAAUCAGAAAGCAAGUGUACGGGGAAUAG